GCACAAAUGAGCUCGGACGACGAGGAUGAGGCCUCAGCACGCCUCGUGGCAGCCGUGCGGCUGGCCGAGGCCGGUGCCACGGCGCGAGCGACCGGCGACGAGAAGAAGGCCAAGAAGCGCUACCGCAAGGCCGUGAAGCAAGCCGCCGCCGCCUGCACGAGCGGUGUCGCCUCCGCCGCCGCGCUCGCCGAGGACCUGUUGACCCGGGUCGAGCAGCACGACGCGCCCACCGAAGCUCUGCCGGACCUGCGCACGAAUAUCGAAGAUCUCGACGACGCGGCGACCGCGCUGGCGGCCGGCGGCGUUUGUCUGCUGGAGGAAUGCGUGCACGUCACGGAGGCCGGCGGCAUGAUGCAGAGUGCAUACAUCACGUUGGAUCUCGUCCGGGCCGCCACGCGCGACCAGUACGGCGACGACGCGCAUUUCUCGUUCAAGGAGGCGGCGCGGCGCUGCAAGGGCCGCAUCGACGCGCGGCUCGACGCGAGCGACGUGGAACCGUGGUCCAUGGCCACGAAGGCCCUCCGCGACUACGCCGCACACCUCAGCGACGUGCUCCGGCCGUUGAUCGAUCGCGUCCUGGGCGACGACGCGAAGUUGGCCUACGUGGGCCUCGUGUCGUCGGGCCCCGGCUCGGUCGCGCAGCCGUGGCACGCCGACGGCGUGCCGCUCUUCCCCGGCAGCAACGACCUGCCGGCGCACGCUUUGAACUGCUUCGCGCCGAUCGUGAAUGUUUCGAGACGAAUGGGCCCGACCGAGUUCGUGCCCGCGUCGCACAAGCCGGGCCCCGUGGCGCGCGCGCUGGAAGCCGCGCUGCAGCGGGGCCGCGAGCCGGCCGACGUCUUCAGCCCGGAGCUCUCCGUCGGCGACGUUUUGGUCUACGACCAGCGGACGGUGCACCGCGGCGUCCCGAACCGGACGAAGGACGAGCGGCCCAUCCUCUACCUGUUGUUCGCGCGCCCCUGGUUCCGAGAACACAUAAACUUCGGGGAGACGUCGCUCUUCGACCGGAAUCGCGACCGGCGCCCGGCAGCGAAGAAGAAGCGGCGACGGCCGGCGCCAGAGUAA